CAGAGCGCACAGUAAAUAUUUGUAUUAGCCGGGGCCGGCUCGCUAAUGGUGGACGCGUGAGGCGAGGCGCGAGCGCGCAGGGAGGCCGGAGCGGGCUGCGCGGCGGCGCCAUGUCCGUGAACAUGGACGAGCUCAAACACCAGGUGAUGAUCAACCAGUUCGUGCUGACGGCUGGCUGUGCGGCCGACCAGGCGAAGCAGCUGCUGCAGGCGGCCCACUGGCAGUUCGAGACAGCCCUCAGCGCCUUUUUCCAGGAGACCAACAUCCCCUACAGCCACCACCACCAAAUGAUGUGCACUCCCGCCAACACCCCUGCCACGCCCCCCAACUUCCCUGAUGCCCUCACCAUGUUCUCCCGUCUCAAGGCCUCUGAAAGCUUCCACGGUGGUGGCAGCAGCGGCAGCCCCAUGGCCACGUCGGCCACAUCACCCCCACCGCACUUCCCCCAUGCCACUGGCAGCUUCGCCACACCCAGCUGGCCAACUGCAGCCUCACCCCCAGGAGGCCCACAGCACCACCAGCCGCAGCCGCCCCUGUGGACUCCGGCACCCCCUUCCCCAGCUUCAGACUGGCCUCCCCUGGCCCCCCAACAGGCCACCUCAGAACCAAGGGCCCACCCUGCCAUGGAGGCAGAGAGAUAAGGGAGGCCCCUCCCCCCCUCCCGGAGGCCAGGGCCCCGUGGGGUGGGGGAGAGGAUGUCUCUGUGGGCCCCUUCAUCCCUCCUCUAUCUGCACCCACACCCCAGAGCCCUGGAGGGGAGAGACCGGACUCUAGACAGGCCGUCUUGUGUCAGCAUGCACAGCUGCACACACGCAAGUUCACAGCACAGGCACCCCCAGCUCGCAUGGAUUUGACUCAAAAGUGGCUUGGGUGCCUGGUGGGCAGCGCCUUGGAGACCAAGCAGCCAUCCCAACGAAGACUCACCUGCCUGGCCCCACCACCUGGAGUGUUUCAGAAAUUACUUGGUGGCAGAGAUGUGUCUGACUCCUGUCUUGGGGCCUACUAGGCCUAGAUCCCCACCCUCGGGAAUGCAGAGCUUUCUCCGCAUGUGUGCGUGUAGCUGUGUCUGUAUUUAUACAUAUGUCGCUCUUCAAAAGCAACUUAGUUAUGGGGCAGCUGGACUUUGCAUGUUAGAGUGAGCCCCAAGCCCCUUGGCCCACCACCCCCUCUUCCCAAGGGCCCUGCCUCACUCCACCUCCUUAUCUGCCAGCAUUGCUAUUUCCUGCAAAGGAUUAUGGGAAGCUCCAGGACUCUUCUACACAUCCCCCAGUGCCUGCCUGCUGGGGUUUCCUGCAUGCCUCUUCCCCAGAGCCCAGGGGUACCUGAUCCCCAUUUCCUACCCCCCUUUUAACAAAAGAGAAAAGAAUUCCAACCUA